GUGCGGGCACACACACACACACACACACACACACACACACACACAUAGAAGGUAUGUGCCAUGGCUGCUGAAGGUGCACGUUGCUGUACCCAAUAAAUGAGCACAAGAAGACUUCGGAGGGUGUGUCCAUCGUGUCAGGACGCGUUUUCAACCAGUCUUCACGAAAAUAAGAUCAUCGCGCAUUUUUCCGAAGCGUAAAGAGAUUCUGCAUCUGGAUAUCAAAACCAGGGCACGGAGAAUGGACAGCUAGCCAGCUAGCUAAAUUGCUAGCUGAACGAAGAUCGGGAAAAACCAUUGGGAAAUGCAUUAGCGGGUUUGUGCGGGAAGACAGUUUCCUGUUUUUACUGGGAUUCCAGUUAGAGUAAUUUGUCACAUCUGGAUCGAAAUAAGACGAGAGCUGGCGAUGCAGACUUUUCUCAAAGGCAGGAGAGUGGGCUACUGGCUCAGUGAGAAGAAGAUGAAGAAGCUGAAUUUCCUGGCCUUCGCUGACUUGUGCAGGAAAAGAGGCAUAGAGGUGGUCCAGCUGGAUCUCAGCCAGCCGCUGGAAGAGCAGGGGCCCCUGGACGUCAUCAUCCACAAGCUGACGGACCUCAUCCUGGAGGCCGACCAGAACGACACGCAGUCCCUGCUGCUGGUGCAACGUGUGCAGGACUACAUUGAGUCUCACCCUGAGACCAUUGUGCUGGACCCGCUCCCUGCCAUCAGGACCCUGUUGGACCGCUGCAAGUCCUACCAGCUGAUCCACAGGAUAGAGGACCGCAUGCAAGACGACAGGAUCUGCUCCCCACCCUUCAUGGUCCUGAACAGCGAGUGCGGUCCGGACACACUGGAGCAGAUUGAGAAACACGGACUCACGUUCCCCUUCAUUUGCAAAACACGAGUAGCACAUGGAACCAACUCCCACGAGAUGGCCAUCAUCUUCAGCGAGGAGGACCUGAAGGACGUGACCCCACCGUGUGUUAUCCAGAGCUUCAUCAACCACAACGCCGUGCUCUACAAGGUGUUUGUGGUGGGGGAGUCCUACACCGUGGUGGAGCGGCCCUCGCUCAAAAACUUCCCCGCUGGACCGGCUGACAGAAAAGCCAUUUUCUUCAACAGCCACAAUGUUUCCAAGCCUGAGUCUUCCUCAGACCUGACUUCUAGGGAUAACGUGGAGGGGGUCUCUCAGCCACCGAAUGAUGAUGUCAUCCGGGAGCUCUCCCGGUCCCUGCGGCAGACCCUCGGAGUGUCCCUGUUCGGUAUCGAUGUCAUCAUCAACAACCAGACGGGCCAGCACGCCGUCAUCGACAUCAAUGCAUUCCCAGGCUAUGAGGGUGUCCCGGAGUUCUUCAACGACCUUCUGAACCACAUCAUCAGCGUGCUGCAGGGCCAGGCGUCCGACAGCGCCCCCUCCGGGCCGCAGAACGGCAGCGCGGCCGGACAGACUCCCGCCAGCGCGGUGCCGGCUGGCGGAGAUCGCGGCUGCACCACCCCCACGGGCUGCUGCGGCAUGCUGGGAAAGGAGCCCAGCCCCUGGAUCGUGGAGGGCGACGCGGGCAAAAAGAGCCCCCACCAGAGACUGGGCUGCAACUCGGCCGUUUCCCCAAACUUCCAGCAACACUGUGUGUCUACGAUAGCCACCAAGGCCUCCUCCCAGUGACUGCCUUCACCCCCCCUCCCUCCGAACAAAAAAAAAAAAAGAUAAUAAUGAUGAUAAUAAUAUAUCUAUAAUCGAAACAAACCUUUCCUAUGAUGGUGGUGUUCAUGAUAAUAAUGAUGAGGUUUUUGGAUUCUCUCUCUGUUAUUUUCCAGUAUAAUAAGACUUAACAGUACUGUAAUGUGGACUUUGGGAACUCAACUUUAUUGACGCUUUGUUAUGAUUUGUAUUAUUUUUGUAUUUUGUCAAAAUGAAAUCAUAUAAUGAGGUCCAUGUGAGUAUAAGAGUUGUGCAGGCUAACCGUGUGGAGAUGGUGAAACGAUGGAACACUGACGCUCACUUGCACGCACAGGUACACGCACACGCACACGCACGUAUUGUAUGCUCACGGACAGGUUCCUGAUUGAGCGUCCGCUCUGUAGGGACUGAGCGAUCCCACGGAGGGGGUCGGGGGGGGGGGGGACACUCCGCUGUACGCGGCCAGAACAAACAAACGCAUUGUCGAAGGGAGGGACGCGUGCGCGGCUAACUGGGAAAGCAGAAGGACCCUGGACCUCGUUUCACGCAUUGCACUGCCACCUUCUGUACCUUUCUCCUGAACUCUCUCUCCCGCCGCCUCUCCACUGCUGUCCCAUACACAGUGUACCUUAUGUCGAGCCCCCCGCCCCAGUACCGUCGCUGUGACCUCGCUGUUGUACAAGCUGCUUGAGAAGAGUGAAUGCUGAAAUCGGUGAUGUGAACAAGUUUGUGGUCCCGACAGGAUGGUGUAGCCUACCGUUCUAGAAGUGACUCGCCUUGCCCAUUGGCUGUGAGAAGGGUAGAUGGCUGUUUGAGGAAUGACUGUAUGAAGCUGGCCAGAACGCUGCAUGCUGGGAAAUUGCCAGAGCAGCUGAGUCUAAGUGUAGUGGUGGAUGCCCUGCGUUCUAGAAUGUGCACUUGCCGCGCAUCUCCAUGGAAACGAGCCCAUAUGCCCACCUGCAGCACAAGGCUAAAGUGUCUAAGCCUUUCGAAGGGCCCCGGAUGUUUCUGUGGCGUUUUGUGGAAAGCGCGCAUCAGUAAUUCUUACAGCAGAUGAAGAUCACAUUCCAUUUUGUGUUUUUCCAAGCAGAAUUCCAGCGUUUUGGGCAGCAAGACCUAGGGCAUUAAGCCAUCCUCUUACGUUCACCUUAUUACUUAUCGUCACUGUGCCCUCCUCGACUCAAGUUAACACUUGACACUGGGGGCUCUGUGUGUUUGCAAAGCAAUCUUUGUGCAAGUACUAUAAACCACUAGCGAUAUUAUUCAAAUCAUGCAAUACUAAUAACCGAUUUAAUUCACUUGAGAUCCCCUCAGAUAAGGGCCUUCACAUGAAAUGCAUCCCAUUUUGUCUUGAUAAUAUUCUUUAUUUUGCAAGGACCAAGUGUGACACCCUCCCCUCUCCCCCAGCUGUGUGUGAAGAGACAAGCGAACGCACAGUGAGACACACCGCUGUCACCGCUCACAGCGCGUCGAUUCCAUCGCUGGGCUCCCGUAGAUGUCUGCUGCGUCUCCUCUGCGAUUCGCUCGUUUCAGACAUCCGCCGGGCCCCGUGUGGCCCACCGGGCUGUGACUGAAACAUCAGAACAGCCACAGCACAAAGCACCCGGUAUCAGCUCCCAGCGUUCACUGGGAGAGCUCCUUCCCGUUUCCUUCUUUCCGUCACUGAAUGGAUGAAAAAAUGAUUUUAUGAGAAAUUUACUGGUUUAUAUUUAUGUACAUAUGAGGAAGAUGAGUGAGCCAGUGAGCAGGGCCUGAGAACAAAUCUAUUGACUUUUUAUAAUCGAGGCCAAAAGCGAGGUCAAUAUCGCGCGGGUGUGAACGCUUAAGGGGGAACGAGACACUAAGGCGGCUGCCUUCACCUGCAGGGGGCGCUGUUGUGCAGACGGGUGGCUACACAUUCCCUUUAUGCGGGCCACGCGGGCGUAUACGGGCGCGGCCCCGUAGCCUGCCCCAAAAGCGGUGCCAGGAAAGCGGGGAAGUGUCCCCCAGCCAAGUCAGGGGGAGAAUGGCAGUCUUGUACACUACUCUACAUCCUGCAUCAUGUUCUCUUCUCUCCCUCAUCGUGCUUUCAAUGACGAAUAGUGCCACCCCCUGAUACUUCUCUUACCUGACAAUGUUAUUGUGCUGUCAGCUUCCACCUGAAUGUUUACUUGGAGAUGUGAUAUAUAUAUGUAUAUAUAUAUAUAUAUAUAUAUGUAUAUAUAUGUAUAUAUAUAUAUAUAUAAAAUUAUAGUAUAUAUAUACGUAUGUAUACAAUAUAUAUGAACUCUUAUAUGUGCAUACAUACAUACCUAUGGUGUUUUUGUAUCAGUUCAAAAGUACAGACAAAACAUCCACAAUUUUUGUGACCUUUUUAUAAUUAAAAUGAACCAACUGGGCAAAAAUGAAAUAAAUAGAAAAUAUAAAGGA